AUGCCUGAUCGCUUUACCGCUGUUCGCUUGUUUGUUCUGUUCCUAUGCGUCUGCCUGGUGGCGGGGGGAUCGCUGUCUGUCCCGGUUCGGGCCGCGGAACCGGUUACCAGAGACGCUGUGCUGAACUCGAUCGAACAGGCGCGCCACUAUUUAUUGAAACAACAGCAGAACGACGGCAGCUGGCAACUCGCAGCGCGUCCGCAACAGACGCUGGUACUGACGAGCUUCACGCUGCACGCCCUGCUCCACGCAGGGAUGACUACCGAAGCACCGGAAAUUCAGCGGGGGUUGAAGUGGCUCCGUCCGCAGGAUCCCGUCAAGACGCACGAAAUCGCCUUGAUGCUGGAGACGCUGGCCACCGCGGGUGAACCGCAGGACCUCAUGUUGCUCAAGCGUUUCACCGAGAAACUGGAGUCCGGCCAUUCCGAGGGCACCAACGACGGUGCCUGGAGCUUUGGGAACUCUGAGGAGAACUACGCGCACUACGCGGCACUGGGUCUGUAUGAAGCGGCGCAGCAGGGAGUGGCCGUGCAGUCUACUACCUGGCAGCGGGCACGAAAACACUGGUUGAAGCGACAGCGUCCCGACGGGGGCUGGGGUUCUCAGAACAGCCAAUACAGCCGGGGUGGAAUUACUGCGGCGGGAAUCGCGUACCUGGUUUCGACACAGCAUCGGCUCCGCGCCGCGCAGGCCGAUCUGAAUGCUGUGGGUCAACCGGACUGCUGUGGUCCGCCAUUCCGCGAUGAGGCGGUUGAAGCGGGGUGCCGCUGGCUGGGUGAUCAUUUCACAGUGACCCACAAUCCGAGUACCGACCCGCUCGCCGAUGGUUCGGUCGGCUACCUCUAUUACCUUUACUGUCUGGAACGGGUGGGUCGGCUCACGGGCCGUCGUUAUUUCAUCAGCAGUACCGGACAACGGCACGACUGGUAUUCCGAGGGGGCUGCGUAUCUGGUCGCACAUCAGAAUCCGAUUACAGGCGCCUGGAAAGGGGCGCCUGUUCUGCUGGAAGACUGUGAGAUCCUGGCGACCAGUUAUGCCCUGCAUUUCCUCGCGCGGGGACUGACGCCGAUUCUCGUCGGUCGGCUGGAAUGGGGUACGGGAACGAGAGCGGAUCAGGCCGGCCUCCCGGGGUCGGCACAUGACACGCCGGCUGCGGCCUGGAACCUGGCGCAGUUUACCAGUCGACUCCAAGGCUGGCCGAAACGUUUGACCUGGCAGUCGAUCGACAUGCAACGAGCCGGGCCGGAGGAUCUGGGACUGGCGCCGGUUGUGGUGCUCGAUGUUGCGGACGCUGGUCUGUUGACCGAACCGCAGACGCGUCUGUUGCGGGACUAUCUGCAGCAGGGCGGAUUUCUGUUUGCCGUCGGAGGCUGCCGGAGUCCUUCACCGGACCUCGCGAUGCAGUCGCUGGUCGCGAGGCUUUAUCCGGAAGGUGAAACGCAGUUACGGAAGCUGGACGGAUCACACCCCGUCUAUCGCAGCGAAUUUCCGCUGAGUGAUCGCCAGAGUGGUGCACCGCUGGUGGAACUCUGGGGGGCUGAGACCGGCUGCCGAACCGCGAUUAUCUAUGCCCCGGAAGACUUGACCUGUCUCUGGGAAAAAUGGUCGUCGGUGGUGCGAGCAGAGCGAUCUGCGCCGUUCGAGAAGUAUCUCACACGUGCGCUGCAGACGGGCGUGAAUGUCUGCGCCCUGGCGGCGGGACGGACGUUGAUCCGUGAGCUGCCGCGCACCGCAUCCGAGCGGAAGCAGACCGACGCGGAGCGGAUUGAACAUCGGCUGCUGAACAUCGCCCGCAUCCAUCAUUCCGGCGAAUGGGAUGCUGCCCCGCGGGCUCUCCAGAAACUACUACAGGCGAUGAACCAGGUGUCUGCGGUGCAGGUUGCGACGAAACCGCGACUGCUGCCUUUAACCGACGAGCGACUGUUUGCCCAUCCCCUGCUCUAUCUGCAUGGCCGGUAUGGAUUCGCCCUCGAUCAGGGUGAGCAGCAGAAGCUGCGCGCUUACCUCAAACAGGGGGGCGUGCUGUUUGCGGAUGCCUGUUGCGGAGCGGACGAAUUCGAUCAGAGUUUCCGGCGACUGGCCGAACAGCUGUUUCCGGGUCAACGUCUAAAGCGGAUUCCCGUCGACCACGAACUCUUUUCGCAAACCACCGGAUUUGAGCUGCGGGAAGUUCGUUUCCGUCACCCGAUUGAUCUGCAGACGAAAACCAAUGAGGAGCGGGUGACCCGCGUCGCUCCUGAAAUCGAGGGGAUUGAAAUCGACGGUCGUCUGGCGGUGCUCUACAGCCGCCACGAUCUGAGCUGCGCCAUCGAACAUGGCGACCGCAUCGCCUGCCCGGGCUACGUCGCUGAAGACGCCGUGAAACUGGGAUUGAACAUCGUCUGGUAUUCGCUGCUGCAGUGA